AUGGAUCGAAAUAUAAGGAAUGUGCGAAUAGGGCCGCUGCCUGGGGGUCGCCAGGGCGCGCCUGGAGCUGGCGCUGGGCGUAGCAGCAUACGGGCCGCCAGUACCAUCAGUCGACCGGCACUACCGCCUAGCCGGUCGACACAUCCAUCAUCCCCACCAGAUGGCUUGGCUCCGACCGGGUCCACCAGGGCCCAAUCUUCGGCGCCCGCCGCUGGUGGUGUACGCCGCAUGCGCUGGACUUCUCUCAUGAACGAGAAUGUCAUGCGUGCGUACUACAGGGCGACAGGAGGGGAAACCGGACGGACUGGCUACCGAGCGGCAAUGUACCGCGAGUUCCUGCUGCUCGAGCCGAAUCUAACUGUCACGGAACAAAACCUGGCAGACCGGGCUCGGUAUAUUCAGCGUUCUAACAUCUUCAACGCUACCGAGCUCGAACGAUUGCGACGUGAGGCUGUUCCAGAAGUGUCAGCACCUACCACAGAGCAAAUCGUCUCCCAGGCGGCGCCUGCCCGCGACGAGACAGUUACCAUCUCACAAGAUUUGCCUGUGGAGGAAGACACUGAGGGAACAGUCUCCCUUGAUAUAGAGCGGAUGAGAGGGAUUUUAGAAGAGGCGAUUUCUGAAAUUCGGAGCGCUCCUCUAGAGAAUCGUCCGCGGCUUUCCCGUCUUACACUAAAUGUAGCGACGCGGGAUGUCAUUGAGGCCAUAAACAAAAUGCUGCCACAACAUCUGGAAAGCAGCACUGGCCUGGGUGAUACGGCUUCUAUUAUCUUCGGUGCGGCGCUAGCCGUGCACCGAUUCAUCGGUGCCAAGACUCCGGGACUGGGGCGUGCUGCUGCCACAAGGCGCAGCGCGGAACCGGCCUGGAAGAAGAGAAUAGAACGCCGUAUCACUCUUGCCAGAGUCCUCAUUGGCAGACUGCAAAGCUUCAGGUCGGGCAACACUAGGCCAAGGAUUGUGCGAUCUGUUGGAGUUGCGUUUAGCGGGUGUGGGGUCAGGUUGGACCAGCCCGAUAUUGCGCAAAAGCUAACAGAGCGCAUCGACGACCUGAAGCAGAAAAUCGCUGCAUGGGGGAACCGCAUCCGACGAUACUCGGCAAGAGUCGAGCGAUUUCAGCAAAAUCGUCUCUUCUCGAGUGAUCAGAAAAGGUUCUACAAAAGACUGGAGUGCCCAGCAGUCUGCUCUACCUCUCAGCGACCGGACCCGGCCGACCUAGUCGCUUUCUGGCGGGGGGUGUGGUCGAGGGAGGUGGAGCAUGAGGAGGGCCCUUGGAUUGCGGCGGUAGAGGAAGCAUGUGCCAGAAUAGAACCGAUGAACCCGGUCGCCAUCUCUGCGGAGGAUGUAGCUGGUGCACCUCCACGUGGGAGAGUACCAUCCAAAAAGCCGAAUAUGGCCUUCGCCUGGCUAAAGGGUGGUAUGACAAUAAUCUGCUAA